UAAUACUGUUUUUGUUUUCCUCCAACAAGUAACGGAACAAGAGACGAAAAUACCGAAGAAAACCAUAAUAAUUGAGGAGACGAUCACCACAGUGGUGAAGAACACGCGCAUGAAGAGACAUGCAUCUCCACGACCAUCACCGAUGGGAGCUUUCCGUUCAGAGACGCCCACACCUGAACCACCCAGACAGAGACGAACCAUGGCCAGGAAAACCGUACCAACACUCUACGUCCCGGAGGCAGAAGGAGCCACCGCUAGAAACCCCAGAUGGGUGGAGGUCGAGGAAAUCAUCGAGUAUAAAGUCAACAAAUCACCCAAGCUACCAAGAAGAAGGGGCAUUUCUCCUGGCAAGCGGUCAUCGCCUGCCAACCCAAACACUAAUAACUCCAACAACAAGUUGGUAGAGGCUACAUUAGGGGCUGUAAUGACUCUUCAAGCCUCGUCAGAUGAUGAAGACACUGAGCAAAAUGUUGCUGAAGUGAUGGAGAGCAUAAUUGGCGAAACCAGUGACCCUGAUGGAGACGACAAAGGAACCAUUAUCUUGGAAUCUGAAGAUGAUGAAUUCGGCAAUCGAGAUUUUAAAAUGCUGAGCGAUGGGAAUAAAGUCCUCACUCUUGAAGAUCUGGAAGAUUAUAUUCCUCAGGAAGGUGAAACAUUUGGCAGUCAUCCCAACCGGCAGAUCCCUGAGGAGAAGCCAAGCCAGAUCUCGGUGUUGCAGAGGGAGGUUAAUGAAACGGUGAUUGGAAAACCUAUUUUAUUGAACGUCGGACGUCCGGUGGCACCUCCAAAACCUCGCACGGGCUUCUUCGGCUCUUUCAAGGAACACAUUUCCAGCAUGUUUACUCCGGGUUCGUUGGCCAACACGGGCUCCCGGUCAAGACAAGAGAAGAAUAUCCCUAUUCAUGUGAUGGGAGGAUCUUCAUCCGGCUUCGCACAUCAUGCCAGCAGCGCUGCGAGGUUUGAAGUCCAGCCGACGUACUGCUCCGAGGUCCAGAGAGGAAAAGGAGGAGGUCUGCAGAGCUUCAAAACGCAAGUUUCUGCACAAACCCACAGCUACACACCAGCCGGACAGCUCACUCUUCAGAUCGACAAGAACAAGCCAACUGGAAAGCAGUAACGAGGAAACCGCUCAGGACCGCUCCUCGCGUUUAUCAUCAGGACAUUCGGUAGACCUAGUCUUAAAAUGGGAACAUUUCUGUCAAAUCAGAGAGAGAGUUUUAUUCAAUAGCAAGGCUUCUGCUAACAGCAGAUCAUUCCAUGUUGUUGAGGCGACGCUUUACAUUGAAUGCCUUUAAAUCUGACCUAAUGAAGACUUUUUAAGACGUCCAGUUAGCAUGGAAUCACGCAGCUGAGAAUGCCAAAUCUGAUACAACAUCAAUGAGCAAAUACAGAAAGUCUGAAGAAAGCCAAAUCCAACUGCUUUGGACUUUAAUAAGAUUGUGGUUAUUAUGAGGUCCUUUUACACCUGGUGGUCAAGAUGGAUUUUGGUCAAUCUGAUCACAAGCGUAUGAUGCUAAACUCAGUUUUAUAUAGUGUCCAGAAGGUUUGAGUUUGUCCACUAUUAAACAUUUUGAGCAGCAGUCAAUAACAUGAUUGGUUACAUAGUGUAGAGACUCGUAGUGGAUCGUGUUCAAAUAAGACAACCAACUGUCAGUCUAAUAAUCUGAUUUUCAACAUUACAGGAUAUGUUGUUGAAUUGCUGUAAGAUAUUGUAAGUUUGGGUUGCAGGUAGGAAUGGGCCGGUAUAAGAUUCUGACGGUACGAUAAUUUUGGAUAAAAAUAUCACGGUUUCACGGUAUUGUGAUUACUGCUCUGAAAUACAUUCUUUUAAACAACUUUUUUCCCUUUUAAAGACGAAAUAUUUUAAUUAGAGAAACAAUUUAAAUAUGUUGGAGCAGUAAACAUGUCAGGCUGAAUAAUUCAGAUGAAUUAUUGACUUCUGCUGUCUUUAUUAGUUUCAAAAACAGAUUUCUUGACCAUUUAAAACGGCAUCUUUGGAUAUCUCUUCUGCUGGAGAUACUGCUGUCCUUAAAAACUUAAAUAAAAAACCUUACAUUUACUUUAGGAAUGUUAUUACAGAAAAGUUUUGCGGUUUUAAAACCUUGAUUUUUCCAAACCACGGUUUAACUUGAAAAUCAUCCCAUGCCUAGUUGCAGGUAUUCAGUAAAAAAAAAAACAAUUAUCUAAUUUGUACAUUUCAGUAUGAUCUGCUCAUCCCCUGAUGACUGUGGGCUUUAGAGGUAUGCCUCCUUUUAAAGAAAAAUACAAAUACAAAAAUUCAAAUUUUUGUUACACACAUUUCCCAUUGAGAUCAGGCUGAAGUAAAUGGAAAUGUGUCUCCUUCAUCUACUUAUGAUCCAAUUGACCAAAACGCAUCAUAACACCAGGUGUGAACUAGACUUUGGAUUGAAUGUACCUCAGUAAUGCACGCACAUAUAACAGGUGAGUGUUUUUUCAAUAUAAAGCCAAAUCAACAUUUAUUUUUUGCAUGAGUUGAAUCUGAGGUCUGUUUACGUAUCAGAAAUCGUGCACUGAGGUUUCCUCAACGUGCUCAGCAUUUUACAGUGAACGUAUACGGUUUUGCAGACCGACAGAAGAAUAGCUGUGGGAGAUUUUAAGACUUAAGAAGCAUAACACAAAAUCUAUUUAAUGACUUUAGAAGAUUUAUUUUAAAAAGUAUUUUUGUGCAACAUGACUUUUAAGCACAGUAUUUACAGAUUUUAAAAAGUUUUGCGAUUUACUGGAGUAAUACUAAUAUAUAUAUAUAUUAAAUGUGUUUGAACUACAAAUACAAAUUUUGCAUCAACCAAAAUUUGCAUGUGUAACAUAAUUCGUAUUGUUUUGGUGGAUCACAUGGUUUGGUAAAAAGCAAAAUAAAUUAGAACUGCCAAGGGUGUUCAGUUGCUAAAAGACAAAAAAAAUAAUAAUGGAAUAAAUAUAAAUAAAAAUGUACGUCUUGAAGAUUUGCUGCAUUAC